UCAUCAGUCCUGUCAGUUUUUCUGUAGCUGCACUUCAACUUCCUCAUUGGCUCGUCAGUGCUGUUUCCUCUUUCGCAAACUGAUAUGAUUCUUGUUCAGCAGACAACUUCUUAUAGGUCUGCUCUUUUAAUCUCCAGAAGAACACAAACAACACAAACCUUUGCUUUACAAAGUAAUAGGUGUGCGCUCUGUCGCUGGGUUUGAAUAGUCUUCGUUUUUCAAAGGCCGCAUGAACAUUGAGCCUUACGUGAAGCUUGUGCAAGACUGCUUCAAUGCGCCCCUACCUGUUUUCUGUGUGAAGGAGAAAGAAGCAGCAGACUGAAAACUUGGACAGUCAUGGAUGUCUAAGUGCAGUAGCUGUUUGUGUGUCUGUGUGUGUGUCGAGUGAGUGCGUGAUGUCGGGAGACACCAGCACCCUUUCCUGGAGGAGCAUGUCUCUGACCAGCCAGUCAGAUUCCUCGGACCUGUCUCCAACAGCGGGUGUCCACAGGGAUGUCCUCUCCCAGGUGAAGAUCAUCAAAGUGUGUUUCCUCAGCAACAGCCCCAACCUGGGCAAGAACUUCAAACUCAUCCGCUGUGAGGAGGGAUGGACUGUCAAGAAUCUGAUCAGCACGGUGCUGUCCAGCGGCUGCGUUGGUCCAGAGAUAAAAUACACCCAAUGCUACGGCCUCCUUCUCAAACACCUCAAAUCCUCAGAGAUACACUGGCUGCACCCUGAUCUCACUGUGGCUGAUCUCACCCACCGCUACGAGCAACAGCACCUAGAAGCUGAGUGGAGAUAUGACUUGAGGAUCAGAUACAUCCCAUCAGACUUUAUGGAAAAAUUCCAAGAUGACAGAACCACCAUGCUCUACUUUUACCAGCAGGUACGAAGUGAUUAUAUGCAGCAGUAUGCCUCAAAAGUAAGCGAUGGAAUGGCUCUACAGCUUGGCUGUCUGGAAAUCAGGAGGUUCUGCAAAGACAUGAAUCCAAACGGAUUGGAGAAAAAGUCAAACUUUGAAUUUCUGGAGAAGGAGAUAGGACUCGACCUCUUCUUCCCCAAAGAGCUCAUUGACAGCAUGAAGCCCAAGCAGCUGCGUCGCAUGAUCCAGCAGACAUUUCAGGGCUACUCGGCGCUGAAUCAGGACCAGUGCAUGGCGAAGUUCUUCACCACUCUGUCUCAGUGCUGGUGCUUCACGCAGGAAAGCUUCGCCUGCCAACUAGUGCAAGGCUGGAGCUUAACAAUAGACUUAGUUAUUGACCCUGAUGGGAUUAGUCAGCACACUGAGAACUCAACGCCCAUCUGUUUGGCCAAGUUCUCUCAGGUCCGCAGCAUCUCCUGUACUGCAGAGAGUGAUGGGCGAGCUCUGCUCAAAGCGCACAUUGAGGGAGCCAAACAGCCGCUGUCAGUGAACACCUCCUCCCUGGCAGUAGCAGAAAACCUGGCUGACCUGAUUGAUGGCUACUGCCGACUGGAAGGCGCUGAACGUUCACUUAUUGUCAGCCCCAACAAAGGGAGAGAUACGCGAAUGAAACUUCCUGACAUCCCAAAAUGUGCUGGUUCCAGUGCUCGCAGUAAAGGUUUCAAUUCUGAUAUUUAUGCUGAAAUCCCUGAAGACGGAGCUGACAUUAGUGAAAGGCACAAGAUCUCCAAGGAGGAUUUCGUUGUGGGACGGAUCCUGGGCGAGGGAUUCUUUGGAGAGGUUCACGAUGGAGUUUAUAAAAGCCCAACAGGGGAGAGGAUCCGAGUGGCCAUCAAAACAUGUAAGGACUGUUCGGCUGAUGUAAAGGAAAAGUUUCUCAGUGAAGCCGACUUGAUGAAAAAUCUGGAUCACCCCCACAUCGUGCGUCUGAUUGGAGUCAUUGAGGCCGAUCCUGUCUGGAUUGUCAUGGAGCUCUAUGAACACGGAGAGUUGGGGAACUACCUCAUAGAGAACCAGUACAGCCUGAGCACAGCGACGCUUGUCCUCUACUGUCUACAGAUAUGCAAAGCUUUGGCUUACCUAGAAGGUCUCAACAUGGUGCACAGAGACAUAGCGGUGAGAAACAUCUUGGUGGCGUCUCCAGAAUGCGUCAAACUUGGUGACUUCGGCCUCUCUCGCUACGUAGACGACCAAGAGUAUUAUAAAGCUUCAGUAAGUCGUUUACCAAUCAAAUGGAUGGCACCAGAAUCCAUCAACUUUAGACGUUUCACCACAGCCAGUGAUGUCUGGAUGUUCGGUGUUUGUGUGUGGGAGAUCUUCUCAAUGGCCCAGCAGCCGUUCUUCUGGUUGGAGAACGGGCAGGUGAUCACCCAGCUGGAAGUGGGCGUUCGACUCCACAAACCGCAGCUCUGCCCGCCCAUCAUCUACUCGCUGCUUACCCGCUGCUGGGCCUAUGAGCCCAGUGGCCGUCCCAGCUUUGGCCAGCUUGCCUGCUCCCUCAGUGACGUCCACAGAAUGGAGGUGGAGCUGGAGAAAGAUGAGAGGCGAAACAAACCACGGUCCAACUCGAUAGCAUUUGAUCCCAACCACACGGAGCCUCCACCAAAGCCUUCCAGAUCAGCAGGCAGCACCCUUCCCCAAGGCUCACACAUACAGGUACCUCCAAAGGAUAGCAUCCCAGCAUGGGAGAAAGAGAGAGUGGAAGAAACUUUGGAAAGACAAAGAAGAGAAAUGAUGAUGGACAAAAAGUGGCUGGAGCAGGAAGAGAAACAUCUGGGUCCUGUUGUGGGACGAGAUACACAGAUCGAGCUUCCUCACAACAGCUCAAAAAACGGUCCUCCACAGAAACCUCCAAUGCCAGCUGCACAGCCUCGUCCCACAGCUGAGCUGGACCGAUCAGGUGAUCAGGUUUACACCAGCGUCAUGGCGAUGGUGAAACAGGUGGUCCAGCUGAAGAAUGAUGUCAACACACUGCCGUCUUCUGAGUAUCCCAAUGCUGUCAAGGCAGUGGGUAUCUCUCUCCGGACCCUGAUUCAAAGUGUUGAUGAGAUCCUGCCCUCUCUGCACUCCUCUGUCACCUCAGAGAUUGAGGGCACAAAGAGACCACUCAUCAGGGAUUUAGCAGAGCUGAUCAAUAAGAUGUGACUGGCCCAGCAUUACUCCAUAAUAUCACUAAAAGAGGAGUGCCAGAAGCAGAUGUUAGCUGCUGCUAACAUUGUUGCUCUUAACUCCAUAGACCUCCUGAAUGCUGUGAAUUAGGCUCGGGUCAGGGCUAGCGUCACCAAGCCCAAACCUGUCUCACAAGAUGUAAAAGAUUUUGGUCAAACUGUGCAAUCCUCAGAAACACUGUUAAGCGCCAGGAGCUACAUCUCAGAUUCUACAGGCCUCAGUUAGUAUGUUGAAUGUUAAACUUCAUGACAGUAUAAUUAGAAAACAACCAAACAAUUAUGUCUUUUAUAGAAGGAUUAGGAGAAAAAAAACUUUUCUCUAAAAAGAGCAUGGCAGCAUAGCUUACGUUUCUUCUUGAACAAUGUGCUCUGCACAGAUGAAACCAGAUUGGAGACUUUUGGCCAUUAUGCACAGAGUCAAAUAAAAAACAAUCCAAACAUAUCAGCACAAAUAACUCAUGUCAACAGUCAAGAAUGGUGAUAGAGGGGUAAUGACCUUCGCUUAUUUUGCAGCCACAGGACCUGAGUAUCUUACAGUCGGUGAGUUAAACAUUAUUCUAGAGUCAAGACACAAGUUUCUAUAAAGUGAGAGUAAUUGGCUUCCCAAAUACUUGGCAAGCACAGAUACAUCAAUUAUGAUCUUCAAGUUUUUUCUUCCUUCUCAUGAGAGGCGGAAUUACAAUUUAAGGGCUCUACACCGAAGAGGUUAUGAAGGAAUUCCCACCUCCCACUGGGCAGAGUUAGCCAAAAGCUAAUGCAGCCUCUCUCUAAGUAAUUCUAUCCACUCUUCAGAUCACAGCAUUCAGCUGCAGUGGCUCAUAUCAGUAAGCUGUAAACAUCUGUCAGAAUCCAUUCACCAG